UGUAAAGUAAUUUAUAAGGUAUACAUUAAUACCAUAAUAAUCAAUCAAUAUAAUAUUAACGUUAAAAAAUUUUGAAAGUGAAAUAAAACAAAUAAUAAUAAAGAAGUUAUAAUAAUAAAAAAUAAAAACAAAUGAAGGUAGCUAAGAAAAUUGUAGGUAGGAGACCGAACCCAAAACGAAUUAAAAAGACUUGCUACAAUCAAGUAUAUACAGAAAAGGCAUGUAAAUGCGAAGAUAAGGAAGCUUUAAAGGCUUUCUUCGAAGAACUGAUGGAAAGAAAAAUGAGCCAAAUUUCUGCACAAUACCAAGAGCUCCUAGAAGAAGUAGCGCAACAGAAAGUCCUCAUUCAGGAGCUUCUGAAAGAACGCACCGACGACUCAUCGAUAAUGAGAGAAUUUCCAAUUAAAAACAAAACAGAUUUGGGCCGAAUUAAUGAAAAUAUAGAAGUUCGCGGAAAGAAGAACUACAUCAAAUGUAUGACUCAAAUUCUCCAGGGUUCUGGAGUGGUGAAAAACCUGAAGAAUAUUAUAACAGACGAAUUGGCCAUGCAGUACAAUAUUAAUGGAGUGUUGGGCAAAGAUUCGCUCAAAGGCUUUACAAAUUUUUUCGACGCCCUUAUUGAGUCCAUUCCUACCGGGAUAGACGCUGGAUCGCCAGAAAAUCAACUGCGCCAAGCCCUUCAGCGUCAAAAAAAACGCGUAAUAAAAAAAAAUCAUUUGGUAAAUGAAGAAAAAAAAUGAUUAAUAAAUAACAAUAUAAUGUAAGAUAGUACAUAUUUUAAAACUACUA